CGAGGUCUCCAGCGAGGGGCCGCGGCUCGCUGUGGACCGGCGCUCCGCUAACAUGACGCUAGCUGUGCUCCCAGAAUACGACCCGCUCAUCACGGGGCUUCCCACGCUGGUGCAGGCGGGUGAGAAUGCGCUCGUGAACUGCACCUCCGACUACUCCCUGCCUGGUGCCACCAUCGACUGGUUCGUCGACUCCGAGCCGCAGGAGGACCCCGUCAUAACCGGCACGACGCACGUGUCCGGCGCGGACGGGGAAGGCCUCCGGGCAUCGUGGCGGACACUGCACGUGUUCCCGGACGACUACCCCACGCACCGCGGCUACCUGUCGCUGCGGUGCCGCGCCACGCUCGCCACGCGCCCGCCGCACGCUCGCAGCAUGUCCGUGCGGCUGUACGUGGCUAGUCGGCCCCAUAUAUCGUCUUAUAUGUUUAGUAAGAAUAGUAAGUAUCUACCAGUGCAGUUGUUAUAG